UAAAAUUUGUUAAAAUUAGAAGCCUCUAACUCUCAUCAUUUCGUUCUCCAAGAGACCAAAAAAUGAAAGGAAAAAUCAGAACAAACAUAUAUUAAAAACUAUAAUAAUAAUAGUAACAAUAAUAAAAUAAAUAAAUAUAAAAGAGAAGAAAAAAGCUCAGUGGAACACACACCCCAUAAUCAACGAUCCCUUUUGCUUUUCCCAUCAAAAUAUUAUACUAUUUUCCUGGGUUGUUGCAGGUUUCAGCAAUGAGAGCUGAAAAAAGAAGCUUUAUUACAAUAAUUAAUCGCAAACAAUAGAAAUUCCAAAAGGGAACUCAAAAAAUGCCUUUUGAUUGAGCUCGUCAACAAUGGCAGAUGAUCUCUCUUCCUUCACCAAGGAUGUUUUACUUGUGAAGGGUUUGAAGAAUUCUACGUUUGUUUGGAGGUUGGUCGUGUUAGCCUUUGCAAUGGUUUGUGGUGUGUAUAUAUGUUCUAUUUGUUUGAAGCAGAUAAGCACUGGUAGCAAAAUUGGUUUUAUAGAUAUCAAUGUUAUUCAAAAUCCUUGUCCUGAACCUAACAUUGAACCUUGGGAGAUUCCUUAUGUGCAUUACCCGAAUCCCAACACUUAUAUCAGGGAGGAAUGUAGAUGCCACCCUGUGCGCUAUUUUACGAUUCUGUCAAUGCAGAGAUCCGGGAGUGGAUGGUUCGAGACGUUUUUAAAUAGUCAUCCUAACAUAAGUUCUAAUGGGGAAAUCUUUUCGGUUAAGGUUAGAAGGAGUAAUAUAUCGACAAUAACGGAGACGCUGGACACAAUUUAUAAUCUAGAUUGGUUAAGUAGUGCUUCCAAAAACGAGUGCACGACUGCAGUUGGUUUAAAGUGGAUGCUUAAUCAGGGAUUGAUGCAGCAUCACGAACAAAUCGCCGAGUACUUCAGAAUACACGGUGUUUCAGUCAUAUUUCUUUUCAGAAGGAAUCUUUUGCGCCGGAUGAUUUCUGUACUUGCAAAUGAAUAUGAUAGAAAUGUGAAGAUAUUAAAUGGCACUCACAAAUCUCAUGUUCAUUCACCCAAGGAGGCAGAAAUACUUGCAAAAUACAAGCCCACACUGAAUUCAACAUUGCUGAUUGCAAACCUGAAGCAAGUGAAUGAUACAACCACGAAGGCUUUAGAAUAUUUCAAGAGCACAAGGCACAUUAUGCUAUACUAUGAAGACGUUGUCAAAAACCGAACAAAAUUAAUGGACGUUCUGGAGUUUCUAAAGGUUCCUCAAAUGAAUUUAAAGAGUCGUCAGGUGAAGAUUCAUAGAGGAUCAUUAUCGAGCCAAGUUGAAAAUUGGGAUGAUGUGAGCAAAGCACUGACCGGCACGAAAUAUGAGAAUUUCCUCCAUGAAGAUUAUCGUAGGUAAACUGACGGGUAUGUACAUACCGCGUUUUGCCUUUUCUUUUUAGCAUUCUUCUAAUCUUUGCUCGCGAGUCGCAACAAGAGCCAACAGGAAAGCAGCUACCCUGUUGAAAAUUUUGCCAUGCCCCUCUCAGUUUUGUGUUCUUAAUUUGUCUGCCAAUUCAAUUAAAUAUUUAAUUCAUUCUUUGUAAUUUUUCUACUUUACUGUUUUGUUGAACACUUGUAUUCAAGCCAUCAAGAGAAUUUGCAAUUUCAAUUUGUCAAUUUUUAUUUAUUAA